UUCAGUGCUGAUCUCUCUGUGUUUUUGCUCAUGGAGCGUCGUCAGAGUCUGGAGGAUCAGCUGAGGUGUCCUGUCUGUUUGGACGUCUUCAGUGAACCACUGAUGUUGCGGUGUGGACAUUCCUACUGCAGGUGUUGUGUGCGUUCCAUGACAAUGGACCUGCUUGGUCAGCUGCAGUGUCCCGUGUGUCGCUGUUCUGUAGACGGAGACAGUCCUCCUCCCAAUGUCAGUCUGGCUCGAAUCAUUGAAGUCCUGCAGGAAGUGAGUGUUUCAGGUGGAGCUCAGCCAGAGUCGUGUCCCCAGCACCACAAUCCACUCAGCCUUUACUGUGAGGAUGAACGGAUGGUCAUCUGUGGCCUGUGUGGAAGUAUCGGUGCACACCGUGGACACAAAAUCACACCUGUGGGAUCUGUCUACAGCCGCAUGAAGGAGGACAUUUCCUGUCUGAUGACAGACUUUCAGCAGCAGAAACGUAAACUGGAGGACCAGAUCUGUAAAAUGACAUACAACAAAUCCAGGAUCAUUAAUGAGUCUGAUGUGCUGAAGUGGGUUGUGAGGAAGGAGUUUGGUGAACUGCGGCGCUGCCUGGAGGUGGAGGAGGCGGGAUUCAUGCAGCAGGUGGAGACGUCAGCCGCCGUCCUCAUCUCGUCCCUCCAGAACCAGACAGACCAGUUAAACCUGAACCUGACUCGGCUGCAGGAGGCCCAGAACACCCUGCAGGACCUCAGCAAUGAGGAACACCUGGACUUCAUCAUGAAGUAUGGAUCGAUCGCUCCGAGGUUCAGAGAGAUUCAAGAGCUGCAGCAGAAAGAGGAGAGAAUCUUCAGCUCCCUGAACUUUAAAACUGGUUUCAACCACAAUGACAUUAAACUCACUGUGUGGAAGAGAUUACAGCGAAAGGUCCUGCCAGCACCAGAGCCUUUGAAGCUGGAUCCCCAGACUGCUCACCCGAUGCUGGAGCUUCAUCCUGGGCAUACGAUGGUUGGAUGUGGGGCGCUGCUGCGGAGGCUUCCUGAUAAUCCAGAGAGGUUCAGUUACAGUUACUGUGUCCUGGCCAACCGAGGCUUCUCCUCUGGGAAACACUACUGGGAGGUGGAGGUCGGUAACAAACCUAAAUGGCGUCUGGGUUUGAUCAAAGGGACGACCAAUCGUAAGGCUAAGCUGGUGAAGAACCCAGAGAGUGGAGUGUGGUUGAUUGGACUGAAGGACAGGGUUUAUGAAGCCUUCACUUCACCCAGGGUGGUCCUACCACUGUUGUGUCCCCCCCGCCGGGUGGGAAUCUUCCUGGACUACGAGGGCAGACUUCUGACGUUCUAUAACAGCGACAGUCCGGAUGAGCUGGGCCUCUUGUACAGCUUCAGGCUGGAGGUUCAGGGUAAAGUCUACCCCCUGCUGGAUGUCUGCUGGCAUGACCGAGGAGACAACAAACAGCCCCUGGUCCUCCCACAGCCUCACAGGGAGCUCCUGUUGCCCCUCCCCCAGCCACAGAAACAUGACAAGUGUAUUGGCUCAGAAACACAACAAGCUUGAACCCAAAAGCACCAAGACAGUCAGAGUCUUUUACUGAGGUCCAGAACAGGUAAUCAGUGGCUGUAUCCCAACGUCAAGGAUCCUUCCUUGGUAGGAUCCUUCCUUCAGAGUCGGGUCCUCCAGAAGUGAGGUCAGAGACCUUCUAUCACUGGUGUAACACACUAAUGGAGCAGCCUUCCCAGUAUGCAGCUGUGUGUCAUUGUGUUAUCUGACAUCCUGCUUAAAUUCAGCACUGCAAUUUCAAAACCAACAACAUGAUGUGUCUUUGGCAUCAGCACUCUGACACAUAUUUGUGGAAAUGGAAGAAGAUGCUUUAAGGUUGAAUGUCCACAAUUUAGCAAGUAAAAGCCAAAAAGUGGAUUAAACCUGAAUAUUUCAUUGAUCCUGGCUGAAUUUGGCUGCUACUUAGUUUCAUAAAAGUGAUUAUUUUUCUUUACAGUACAAAUUCAUUUUCAAGUUCCUUUAUUUGUACCCAGAGGUAGAUUUUGUUUGCAGUAUAGAGUCCUCAUACACACACAAAAGAGGCACAUAUCACACAUCAUUCAAUUUAAGACAGUGGGAGUUAAGAAAUGGCAAAUUAAAUAAAAAUUAAAAAUUAAAUUAAAAAAACAGUACAGUACAAUAACAGUUAUUUAUAAAUAUAAAUAAAGGAUAAUAGCAGACUGUCAGUCCCCGUUAACACAAUAAACAUAUGUAUAACUUUCUGAAUAGAAAUUA